UCUCUCUCUCUCUCUCUGACAUAGAUAUAGAUGGCUAGAAUCUCUUCCAGACUUGGGCUAAUUAACAUCCUGCACAACCCUUGCAUACUAAUCGUCUGGCUCAUAGUCCUCACUACAUUCAUCUACUUAUGGCUAUUAGUUCCCCCUGGUGGGGUGGUCGAAUACCAUGUCUAUAGCCCUAAUUUCGUGGAAUUCAAUGUUUCUACAGAUAACGUUCUCCACUACAACUUCACGUUCAACAUCACUGUGCAGAAUUUAAACCAGAAGAUUGGUGUCUACUAUGAUCAGAUUGAGGCUGUAGCUUACUACCAUGGAGAAAAGAUUGGAAAUGUAACCUACUCAACACCUUUCUUUCAAGGCAAAACGGCGGCAACUUUUCUCAAUCCUGUCUUCACUGGGAGCUCGACUGCAUUAAGGGACAGUUCCAAACUUGAAGAUUUCAACAGAGAAGAGAAGGAAGGCACCUUCAGAAUCGUGGUGAAGCUCUACCUUUGGACUCGGUACAAGUUUAUGUUCUUUAACACGCCUCAACACCAACAGGAGAUUAGGUGCCAAAUUUGGUUCCAUGUCAAUUCUUAUCGUAACACAACUACAACCGGAGGUUGCCGGAUGAGAUGA